UCUCUAUAAAUAUAAGCAGUAUUCGAUAAUUUCAAACACAACUUCUCAGCAAAGUCGACAACUACUAUACUAAUUCUCAAGUCUAUAAUUAGAAGAGAUAUAUCUUAGUUUUUAAUACUAUUUUUUGAAUGGCGAGGAUGAUCGGACCUUUUGAAGUCCUACCGGCGAUUCUUGUUUUCCCGGUGAGGGUCUCAGCUUCGCCUUCUUUGGGGACGAUAUACGAGGAGAAAGAUGAUGAAAAAUUUAUUCAACCAGAGAUCAAGGCUCGAGAGUUGUAGAUUUUGCAUUUUAGCAGUUUUUUUUUUGCCUUUUCUUGGUUGUUCUGAGAUUCAAACUCCUUUUCAUUGGCAUUAUAGUCAUGAAAUAAAAUUGAAGAUCAUCAAAAUUUGUCAAGAUGAUUAAACAUUACUGUUUUCGUUAUACAAACUUUUUAUAUAAUUAUAAUCUAAGAUUUAAGAUC